AUGAUGUCAAAAGAAAGUCGCACUGAAGAACGUGAAAUCUGGAGUCUAAUCACAAACCCUAUUAUUUCUCAUUCAAACGUGCUUUCUACCGGGCAAGAUCAGAGGGCAUCCGGCGACACAGGUGACCAGCAUUGUGCUGAAGGCAAGACUGCUAAUAUUUUCUCCGCAACGGAUCCUGAUAAUAUGAACGAAAAUGCUAGACAGUACAAUACUCACGGUUCGCCCGAACAUCCCGAUGAAAUUUUGGGGGGCUGCGAGGUUCUGGAACAAAAACUGUCAGCGAACGACAACGACCAGGAAAAACUAAAGGAAACCCAGGCGGCCUCAGAGUCGAACAAUGCCGCCUCAAUCAACCUCCCCAACGGAAAAUGUCUACUGACGAUGCGCCAAAACGACAUGAAGGACACCCAAGAAAAGUCCACGGCUGAUUCUUCAACCUACUCCACCUCCAUCUCCCCCUGCUCUGACUCUACUGAAAAAACUAUUCCCAAUUCUCCCGAACCCUCCAGUGCCGACAAGCAGCCCAUCGUCAAUGCUAUAGGGACUGUUAAUCUGUCUUCUGGCAUCACAAAACCCCAACAGCAGACCAGAAUGUUUAUACCGGAGUCUAAACAACAGGCAUUUAAGUCCUCAACUCUGGUUUAUCCAUCGGCCCCUCAGGCAUCCAAUCAGAAGGCGAGCCAACUCUCACCCGUCAACCAUUUCCACACAGAAGCCAACUAUGCCAGAGAGGAGCGAACGAAAAUUCCCAAAGAAAGGCGUCAACUUUCAAACCAGGAUGAAGCUAAUGCAUAUCUUCAACAGGCGGGACUUUCGCAUUUGGCACCUGACCCAACUUUUAAGCCAAGUACACCUACGCAGAUGAUGCUUCCGUUGAAUGCACCGUCAAACAGCUUCAGUAGUGGCUUACCUGGGAAUGGUAGUUACUUCUUCCCCGCCCACAGCCCUUCCUCAAUGACCGUCUCAAAUGGAAUCAUUCAACCUGCCUCAGCAGAUAGCUGCAGCAUCAGUGGACAGAGUGGUGAGCCUGUCAAUAAAACAAACCUUAUAGUCAACUAUUUGCCGCCCUACAUGACGCAGGACGAAGUGAAAGCUCUGUUUUCGAGUAUAGGUGAGGUGGAAUCCUGUAAACUCGUUCGAGAAAAGGCUUCCGGCGAAAGUUUAGGUUAUGCCUUUGUGAAGUUUGUGCGCGCUAACGACGCUGAAAAGGCCAUCAGAACACUCAAUGGGCUGCGAUUACAAAAUAAGACCAUCAAGGUGUCUCUUGCCAGACCCAGCUCCGAGUCCAUAAAAGGCGCCAACCUGUACAUAUGUGGUCUUCCUCGGAAGAUGACUCAGGCUGAGCUGGAGGAAUUAUUCUCUCAAUGUGGCAAAAUAAUCACAGCUCGGAUUCUUUAUGACAACAAGACUGGCCUAUCGCGUGGUGUGGCCUUCAUUCGAUUUGACCAAAGGCAUGAGGCCGAACUGGCGAUUCGGAGGUUAAAUGGGUAUCAGCCGCCAUCUGAUUAUCCAGGAGCAUCUCCACUCGAACCAAUAACAGUGAAGUUUGCCAACUCUCCAAACUCUAUUCGUCACGACAGUUUGAGCUUGGCUCUGUUGAAACAAGCCGCUCAGCUACAGUCGGUCGCGGCUUCG